GUCACAUUCAUCACGUUCCCACUGAUGAUAAUUUUGACUAAGUUCUACGGUGACUUUUAUGAUGUAAGUUCAUCGCUUUUUGCUUCCUUCUUUUCUCCUUCAGAAUCAGCCCCUCUUUUCCAGAGACUUUCGGAGUCCACACAAAACACGGUGGCAAAAGCGAAUCAGAUUGCUGCUGAAGUUCUGUCAACAAUGCGAACAGUAAGGUCGUUUGCAUGCGAAAAGCGAGAAGUGAAUCGAUUUUCCAAUACCCUGAGCAAUGUGUUGAAGUUCGAUAAAAAGAGAUCGCUCGCAUCUGCCGGUUACACAUGGAGCUGCGACAUCGCAGAAAGUAUAACCAUAGCCAUAAUUCUUUUCUACGGUGGACAUCUCGUAUUCUCAGGUAGCGGUUGCUUUCACGAAAUUUUCGAAAAAGGCGUAAAUAACCUGACAAGGUUGCUCACACAAACCUUAGCGACGGAUAUAGAAUACUAUCUUAUAGUUAGGAAUUUGCGAGAAAUUUUGCGACUGCUGUUUGAUGAAAUCAAAUGUAACGGACUAUAG